CUCUUUCCUCUAAGAAACCAUCUUUUUCUUUACCUAUACUUUAAGAUGGAAUGCAAAGAAGAAGCAAAUCCUUCUUCAUCUUCUCCUCAAUCUCUUUCGCCAAAGUCUUCGAGUUCAUCAUCUUCUCCUCCUCCGAUCCCACCACCGGUUGUUAUUAGUCCUUGUGCCGCCUGCAAGAUUCUGAGGCGCAGAUGUGCUGAUAAAUGUGUGUUGGCACCUUAUUUUCCUCCAAACGAACCCACCAAGUUCACCAUUGCCCAUCGAGUCUUUGGUGCUAGCAACAUUAUCAAGUUCUUGCAGGAACUUCCGGAAUCUCAAAGGGCCGAUGCAGUAAGCAGCAUGGUGUACGAGGCUAGUGCAAGAAUCCGAGACCCUGUUUACGGUUGCGCCGGGGCAAUCUGUCAACUGCAAAAGCAAGUUAAUGAGCUUCAAGCACAACUAGCCAAAGCUCAAGUCGAAGUGGUGAACAUGCAGUUGCAGCAAGCCAACCUUGUGGCCUUACUUUGCAUGGAAGUGGCAGAGUCUCAUCCGUCUCCUCAACAAACACCCCACCAAUCCGUCGACGAUUUCAUCGGAAACAGCCCGCAAAGCUACGACAGCAACCCGGGUUUAUUGGAAGACAACAACUUGGAGUCAUUAUGGGAGCCUCAGCCUCUCUGGACAUGAAGAUUGAUGCUUAAAUAUGAAGCAUGAAGCUUUAUUAGAAUAUAUAAGAUCCCAUGAAAUGAAACUCCCCAACUCUAAAUCAAUGGCUCCAAAGGAGAAGUUGGAGGAGAUUAUAUUAGAUUAAUAAAUUUCAACAUAGUAAUAGAUGCAAGUUUAGGAUCUAAUCGUUUUGAUAGAUGAAGUAGAUAUGUCUUUUUCCUCCAUCUAAUUUGCCCCAUGUAUGUUGAGAAAGAGAAAUAUGU